GAUCAUGUAAGCUGGCAUACUCUAGCACGUCUUGAAUCUCUUUCACAUCACGCAUCAGUGGUGGUGGCUUCCCUUCUCUUCAUCAAUGACAAUGUCGUUUUUUUUAAUAUCUCUUAGGGCUAAAGCUUGUUUCUUUUUUUUUUUCUGGGUUUUUAGUGAAACAUGGAGCUUGGUCUUGUUACAUUGUUGAGAGCCGCUUGGAUUGCGGUUACGCUGCCUAUUAUUGUGGCUUCAAUACCCAGUUCUAAACUGAGUUCGUUUCAUCAACUUGCCUCGAGGUUUGCAAACAGAGGGAAAACCAUGCAACAAUCUUCUUACAAAUUCACUGUUCCUCAGAGAUUCUUCUCUCAUUUUUACGUGGUGGCUGUUGUUUGGACAACCCUUUUACUCCUUACAACAUGGUUGUAUGCAUAUAGAAUGGCACCACUGUCCUCUGAGUCAUUUCAUUUUUCACAUCUUGCUAGCCUUUUGACAGGGGGAUCACAUAUCUUUUCAUUUCAGAAAUCUCAUUUGAGACCACUUGAGCACAGAUACAGGGUCUGGCGAAUCGUUCUUCUACUUUUAUUACUGGAAGCUCAAGUCGUGAGACGCCUUUUUGAGACAUUUUAUGUAUCCAAUUAUAGCCCCUCAGCUCGACUGCACAUAUUUGCCUAUCUAACUGGCUUGUUUUACUACAUAGCAGCACCACUGUCACUUUGCUGCACUUGUGCGCCGGAGGUGUUUAAAUUUACUCUGAACCUGGUGUCUGAGUUCAUCGUUAAAGGAAAGAAUAAGAUGCCAGCCAUUGAAAUUGAUUGGUGGGAAUCUGUAAAUACUCUUACGAAGCUUGGGUGGCGUCAGUGGAUUGGUACUGCUAUAUUUCUUUGGGGUUGGAUACAUCAGUUCCGUUGUCAUGCAAUUCUUGGUUCAAUGGGAGCACAUGCUGAACAAGUUGAUGAUUACGUAAUUCCUAGUGGAGAUUGGUUUGAUAUAGUUUCAUCUCCACACUAUUUGGCUGAGAUUGUCAUAUACGCCGGCUUGGUGGUUGCCAGUGGAGGAGGAGAUCUGACCAUUUGGUUACUUUUUGCAUUUGUGGUGGCAAAUCUGGCGUUUGCAGCAGCUGAAACACAUAAUUGGUAUCUUCGCAAAUUUGAAAAUUACCCAAGAAAUCGAUUUGCCAUUAUACCAUUCGUCUACUAAUGUUUAUAACCCUUAUACUAAUUCUAAAUGUUGGCUGUAGCCUGUAAUUUCAUGCAGCUGUUGUGUAAAUAAGUUUUUAAGGAUGUUAGUAGGAGGAAAGGUGAAAUGUGGGGUUUAUGUACGUUUGUAUGUGA